AAUCAGAAAGAUCUAAUAGCAUAGCUCCACAGAUCCUAUUGACCAAUAAAGAAGAUUUUUUUGAGUCUGAUUAUAGGAGUAUCACUAAUCAUGAGAAUCAAAUCACCACACCAACCAAUUCUCAAGCCGAAUCUGUCACCUGUUCUUGGUGUAAAGAACCUGAUCCAUUAUUCGAAACUAAUGAAAAUAACUUGAAACCAGUCGCGAGAUUGUCCUAUCUUCAUAGCUUCCAUCUUAGGUGUAUUAUUAUUUCCUUAAAAAAAGAUAUGACAUGUUCUUGUUGUCAACAUCUUAUUUAUCUUGGUGAUGAUGAUGAUAUAAAGCUAAAUCCUAGAGAAGAUGACAAUGUUAAAAAAUUUUUUAAAGAGUUAUCCAAUAGACCACAAAACUUCAAUCCAUUACCAGAGAUGUCAGAUGUAGAAACGGGAGAUCCUACAACUUCUGAAAUGAUAUUUGUUGGAUUACACAAUAAAAUACUUCAUGCUGAGAAGAUUCUUAAUAAAAAAACACGUGAAGUAUCCUGCGUGAAAUACGAAAUCCUUGACUUUCAUUAUUCUUUUAGGGAAGCAUUGGAGAAGAAAUUGGCCAAAUUUACCUCUAUUCAUCCUCUUCAAACCGCACGAAUAUUGCUUAAUGCAGAAAUUAGGCAACAAUUCCUCUCUGAAAUGACUC